UACUAGAAUGUUUAUCGUUUAGAAACUGUUAUCGCAUCUAGAUCCCCAAUUUACUGACGAGAAAUGCAAAAAUUUGUUUUUAAUUCCAUAUCAUAAUUCGUGUAAUCUUUCUAACGACAUUAGACACGAAACAUUACCACUUUGGCAGUAUUACUUCCACGACUUUCCUGGCACGUAAGAGCCUUAGUAGUCGAGCUACAUGUAGUUCGUCAUGUUGGUAUCGGUAAGGUUUCUGCGCCAUUGGUAGUGUGCCUGGAAGUUUCCCUGUUUUUGGUAAUUCUCUGGGAUUUAGGAGCGGAAAAGAUCAAGACAAGCAAGAUGAAUGCACCUUGUGCAAGAUGCAAAAAGACAGUUUAUCCGGUGGAGAAGCUAAAUUGUCUGGAUAAGGUUUGGCACAAAGGGUGCUUCACGUGUAAUGUCUGCAACCUGAAGCUGACAAUGAAGACAUACAAGGGCUACAACAAAGAACCGUACUGCCAACCGCAUUACCCGACUACAAAGCAUACGGCAGUUGCAGACACACCAGAAAACAAACGCCUCGCCAAGCAGACAGCUAACCAAAGCAACAUUGUGUACCAUAAGGACCACCAGCAAAACCUGGCCAAGUUCUCCCAAGUUGCGGACACGCCUGCCAUGGAGACCUCCAAACGGAACCAGCUGAAUGCCAGCCAGAUCAACUACACCCAGAAAGCCCCGACUGCAGUCCCGCAAAAUCCCUCACCAGGCCAGCAGUACAUGGAACCCGAGGACUACAACCCAGAACAGGAAUUGGAGUCAGCGCUUGGCUCAGUGUGGAGGGGUGCAGUUCAACCCUCGGGCGGUUAUGAGCCUCCACCACAACCAGCAGCCCAAGCACCUCCGGCAGCAUCUGGUCCGAGAUACAUGGCUUUGUACGACUACACGGCUGCUGACGACGACGAGGUGUCUUUCAUGGAGGGAGACAAGAUUGUCAAUGUGACCGUCAUCGAUGACGGCUGGAUGGAAGGCAUGGUGGAGAGGACAGGACAGCAUGGGAUGCUGCCGUCCAACUACGUCGAGGCCUGCUAGAAGGGCUUGCCAUGCACUGCAACACCACCUGCAUCAUAUGCUCAAUACGUGGCAUCCGGUUUUUUGCUUCCUUGGUGACCAGUUGAAAAAUUGUUGACCGUUGCAAUGGUAUACAUGUACCUACAGCUUGCUCCUCUGUCCAGUGAGCCAAAUUCAGUGUUGCAAACACAGCAAGGUCAUUUGAGACCAAGUCCAUGUCACUAGCUCAAACGUGUUAGUUGCUUGAGGGUUGACAUAGUCACAUUAAUAAGGGCUGACCUCGUUUGCACGUUCCCAAUAUUUCUUCUUUUUCUGUUUCCAUUACCAAUGCAGGUUGUACACUUUAUAUGUAACACUGUCAGUGUGGAUGAGGCAAUGACCAGUAACAAUAUUGAACAAUACCACAACAGUCACCAUUUUUUUUCCCCUAGCUUUCCAAAAUAACUUUUGAAUAGCAGUUUUUAGAGUGAGCCUUUGGGUUGCCCCCUGACCUUUGAAAUUAGUUAUAACCUCCCACUGUCCAAAAGAGCAUAACCCUCGAUCCAUCCGUCACUUGAAAUUGUCUACAUGUACAGUGGGUUGUACAACUUUUAUCAGCAGGAAGGCCUUUUGUGUGCCUUCAGCCAGAUUGUGGAGUCAAAUUUCCAAUUGAACUUCCAGCUAUUGAACUUCUUGCUGAUGAAAGUCUAGAUGGCCUGGUCAUGUGUCUAGACUUCACUUUUGAGUGCGUGCAUGCAGUGCUUUUGUUCCCCUGUCCAAAAAAGUGUUGUAUGCACGGCAGAUUGGGUCGAAGGAGACAUAAUUAAUAAAACAUACUCUUGCUUUCAAGGAAAAGUUGUCAAAGUGAAGAAGGAAUGAUUUUGGCCCACUUUGUAUGGAUGUGCAGCCUGUGUUGUUUGGCCGUUGUUAUGGUGCUAAACUUAGGAGGCUUAAAUUGAUAACGUGUAAAAAAAAAAAAGAAGCCAUUUUCUAUGCUGCACGAGAACUGCAUGUCAGAUUCCAUGGAACAGUUCAAUCUAAUUCACAUCCUGGAUCAUUUCUAGAAUGGCCGCUGAGUAGUUCAUGAAGCUCAUAAAAAUCCACGUUGAACAGCAAAUGCACUUUGCAUGAAAUGUUAAUAAGAAAAUUUGUCAGACUGUAGUACAUGGACUCGAAAUUUUUUGGUCUGUUACUAAAAGAACAAAAAGUUGUAUUUUCUUAACAGUUUAAACCUAUGAAUUAUGGAUAAAAAGCAUGGAAGCUUUUGUUGUUGCAUAAAUGUGAUGAUUGCAUAUAUUAACAUACCGCAAGAAGAGGGAAGUGUAAUUGUUUUGAUGCUUUUGUUACUAAUGAUAGCUUUAUAAAAGACACAUUUUUCUUUCAGUUAAGUUGGUGUAUAUUUCCCCUACAUGAUUAUUAACAAUAUUAAGAGAAGGCAGAAGAAAUGCAUGAUUAAAAGUAGAGUAGAAUCUAUCGUUUCCUCACUAAUGCUGGUUAGAAAUCAAGGCUUCGUUACUUAGGCUAACUGCAUCAUCUGCAAACCAUACCUUGUUUGAAUAUCAACAGCAAUAAGGAGUUGCUUGGAUUGCGCAUUUUUGACGCGCCUUUCACCAGUUAGCGUUUUCUAAAAAUACCAAUGAAGUUAAAAAUGCAUGUUCUUUGGAAAAACAAAUGUAGUUUACGUGUAGUGUAGAAAAGCUGAAGUAAACUUCCACACGACGUUUCCAGCAACAUGUACAUAAUAUCGCUUUUUUUUGUGAAUAUAGAGCAAAACAAACUACGUGCAUUAACGCUUUUAAUGAGAAAUUUGUAGUUGUCUUUACUCUUGGGGGGGGGAGUGGAGCCAGGCGAACAACCAGGACGUACAGGUAGAGGGAUGUGAUCAAAGUGACAAACCACUGAUUGGGACAGGAGCUCAAAGAUCUUCAGAAGUAUUUGUUAUUCCUUCCCCUGUUGGUCUAAUGAGAACAGUUUGCUUGUCUAAGAAUGAUGUGUUGUAUUUGUGAUUUCCCUACACAUACACAUGCAUCCGUCCUCAUACAGCGACAAAAUGUUAAACCUCCCAUUUGCUAUGCUUGGCGCACCCCGCUGGAAAAAUGACACGUAGAAUGCAUCCCAGGUGUAAGAUGCACCUUCCUGAAUCACAAUGACUAACAACUUUAAAGCAAAAUACACGUAGGUUCAAGAAGCUUUCUUUUGUUUGUGCCUGCCAGAAGAACCACUAAGCAAGCACACACACACAGAGGUCACCAGCCAAGAUGUCAUGCCGUCCGCAUUGCUCAACUGGGUUUGGGUUGUUAUUUUGGGGCGUAAUACAUCACUUUUGUCAAUGUGCCAGCAUGUGGCAAAAGCCUUGUGUACCUCCUUCAAACACCACUGUGACAAUAAAAAAAAUCUCUUUGGGAGUCCCCUGUACAUGUAGCUCCUGAGUUGGUAAACCUAUCCAUUAUAUCACAAGAGCCUAAAGAUUUGAGUUGAGGUCAGUACCAUUAACUAGAUAGUUAAUACAUGUGGGAAUGGCAUGCUACCUAUGGUCAUUUGCCUUCAAUGCUUUGGAAAAACAUCACUUCUUUUACAAGUACAUUGUAUCUUUCUGAAUAACAUUGCACCACAGAUGUAAGACAUUUAACACCUGUAGCCUGUAUGUACAUGCGGUGUAUUAAAGAUGACUGCAAAGCUCAAAGCAUUUUAAAUAUCAAGCCCUUAUACUCAGAAAAGUAUGCUGUUGGAAAUUAAGUUACUCGAUGAAUUUUAAACUUUACAACUUUGCUUCAGCUGUGAUGUUUUUCUGUUUCACCUUGUAAGGUUACUGUGUCCCCAAAAGGGUUAUAACCAGAGGAAGAUGUGUUAUAUUUUUCUUGAACAUGCCUUGUGGGACUUCAUAAUAAAACUGCAGUGUAAUUGUAAAUCUUCGUUAUCACUCGGCCGGUUUACGUGACAAGGAUUUUUCUAAUAGUAUGUUGUGCUCCAUUUCAUGUUUGAGGAAAUGGAAUUGUCAUUUGAUCUUGCAUUAAAGUCUUAACAGGUGUUCAUGUCCUCCAGGGAUUGUCCAACCUUCAGAUCUUGCCUAUAGAAAUUUGUGGAUUAAUGCAAAGUCAUUCACCAGCUGUUCUUCCAAUGAGUUUUCUUCCUGUUGAAACAAUUUAUUUGCCGUAUACAUGUACAAGUCAGAUAAUCGUGGUACGUCUUGCAUGUAAUUAAUCAACAGUGCAGUUAGUAUGGACAACAGUAGCAUAAGUUGCAUAAUUUUGCUUGACUGUGUAGUAUGUUAUGUAGCACAUUGUGCCUAUUAAAUAUGAACUCAAUUUUCAUAAUCUCAAUUUACCAUA